AUGCAUGAAUUAAGUGUGGUGUUUGCUCAUGCGGACCCAUCAUCGUGUGCACGGCUAGCAACCAUGUUGGCACCAUGCGUCGGUUACAUAAGCGGUCAACAGCCAUCAAGGCCAUCAAAUUUUUGUUGCUCAUCGGUCAAGAACUUAAAAGGCAUGAUGAAAACAAAGGAUGAUCGUGUGGUUAUAUGCAACUGUGUGAAACAAGCGAUAACAGUGAUAAAAUUCGAUCCAAAAAGAAUUCCUCUUCUGCCUGAGAAAUGUGAUAUUAAUGACAUACAACUUCCUCCUGUUGAUAAGGACUAUGACUGCGAAAAGACGAAAUUGGUACAUAUGGAGGUGUUAUAAGAGCGUGGAUCUUAGGCAUAAUGUGCACCAAUGUAUUUAUGAAAUUAAGGUUGUAUUUUAAUACUUGUUUGGGUACCAUGGAAUAAAACAAAGGACACUUAGGCACAUAUUUUGUUAUGUGUAUGUCAUAUUCACUACUACAAAAUUGACCCAUUUGCGACGCCCGAAUCCAUCGCAUUUCUGAUGGAUUUUUUCUAUGGAUAAAUUUAUGUUGGAAAAAGUCAACUUUCUAUAUGUAGUCAAGGCAGUCAAGUUAACGGAAUGCAAUGUUUUAAGCUUUAGUUUAGGUAUCAUUAAAC